UUUGCUAGAUAGAAGUUAACUAACCUCCUACACACUUGUUUCCAACUGAUUUGUGUGAUCAAUUAUGGCUAGCCAAAAAAUUGUUCGACCAAUUUUUGACAAUCCCUUUCUUAAUAUUGAAGAAUUACCAGGUGACACAAUUAAACGUACACCCGAACCCCUCACACAAGCCAAUUCUGAUCCCAGUGGUACGACCUUAGUUAUAUCUAAGGACGUGACCCUUGACAUCAACAAAAAGACUUGGCUGCGAAUUUACGUCCCACGACGAUUAAUUGGAGAGAAAUUGCCUGUCAUUUUCUACUACCAUGGUGGAGGUUUUGUUUUCUUCCAUGCCAACGGUUUUGGCUGGGAUCUUUUUUGUCAGGGACUUGCUGAGAAAGUUGGUGCAAUGGUUAUAGCCCUCGAAUAUCGUCUGGCCCCUGAAAACCGCCUUCCCGCAGCUUAUGAUGAUGCUAUGGACGGGUUAUAUUGGAUUAAAUCAACUCAAGAUGAAUGGGUCCAAAAUUAUUCUGAUUUGAGUAACGUCUAUCUUUUCGGAUCCAGUUCUGGUGGAAACAUGGCUUACCAUUUAGGGUUACGCAUAGCAGCUUCAGCAUAUAAAGAACUAGAGCCAGUGAAGAUCAAAGGGCUAAUUUUGCAUCAACCAUAUUUCAGUGGAAAAAACAGGACAGAAUCUGAAGAGAAACUAAAGGAUGAUCAACUUUUGCCACUUCAUGCAAUUGACAAGAUGUUCGACUUGGCCUUACCAAAAGAGGCACUGGAUCACGAUCAUGAAUACUCCAAUCCAUUUGUUAAUGGAGGGCUUUUAGAUGAUAUGGUCGCACGAGGUUGGGGGGUCCUUGUAACUGGUGUGUCCGAAGAUCCUCUAGUUGAUGCUGCAAGAAACUUCGCCAAGUUUAUGGAAGAGAAAGGUGUAAAAACUUUCAAGCUCUUUGGAGACGGUUACCAUGCUAUUGAGUUGUUUGAUCCCUCAAUGGCGGCAACCUUAUUUGAUGCCACCAAGGAUUUUCUAAAUGCAACUAAAAAUUAGAAAAUUGUGUCGUUUUGAUAUAUCGAGUGAGCUUCUUAGUGCAAAUAAGAGAGUAGCGUAUGCUCUCCUUCGUGUUUGAGAUUACUUUAAAUUGUUGUAUUUUUCUCUUAAAUAUAAGUUUCUGGGGUUGAGUUAA